CGCGAGCAUGUGAACGGAUCUCGAGACUCGACUUUUCGACUUGGAACAUCUCGUGAGAAUUAAUGUACGCAGUAGGAACAAUUGCAGAGGUGGAAUUUUAUUUUUAACGGGACGACCGUGUACUUGUUUACGCGAGGUUUUUGAUGAACGUGUGAGUUGUCCGUUGACGCUUGUCGUUUUCACCGAUCAUUCGGUCGUGCCUGCCUCUGCCUGCUGCCGCGAAUGUGGAUACUUCAUAGUGUGCUGUACUGCUGCUGCCGCCGCUGUGCGUUUGAAGUGCUCCCUACGGCUGAUCGCCUUUGGAUUUUAACAAGUCCUUCACAUUCGUGAACGCUUUGAAACUGGUUCGUUAUUGUACCAGACCCCGCCGUGAUUGUCACUUGAUAGCAACAUCCGAGGCGCCAAAGCUGUCCGCAUCGGCGCUUUCUUUAGCCCAAGUGGUAUCAAUGUUGUCUGGCAAUGGUGUGUAAGGAGAACGUGGUAUCAUGGUUUGGGAAUCUGUCCAGUUAUAAACGCAUCGAUGUCAUGUGCACGUUAUUAAACAUGUGCCUGCCAUUUGAAGUACGAUACCUUGGCACUUGUGUAGAGGAUAUUGGUAAACGGGACUACAAUGAUCUCCGUGACACGGAACAUCAUGCAAACAGUGCCACUGACCUUGCCGAGUUAACAACCUUAGGUGUGGCAGAUAAACGCACACGAAGGAAACUUGCGCUCUAUAUGGCAUUAUUGCAUUCUUGUAAUUAUGCAUGUGCUGUAAUCUUGUACAAGAAUUUGUCAAAUUUUGACUACCAAGAAAUCUCUAACCUAUUAAAUGGGACCACCUUUACACCGGAUGAUCAACCACUUGAAGAACUGCUCUUAUUGUAUACAAUGGCUUUAAAUCAUCCAGCAUUUACAUAUGAGCAGAAAAGUGUCUUCGGUAACAUUUACAUAAAGCUUCAAGAAGAAGAAGCUCGUCUGAAUCUUUCAAAGUUAAAUUCAUCUUACAAACAAACACAAGGUUGCGCACCAUGUAUGAAUACAAACGAAAGAUUAAUAGACACAGAGAUGCAAGGCAGUUGUAUGAUGGCUCCACCACCAAUGCAAACUUAUCAUGGAGAAAUAACAAUGAGAAAUAAUACCAUGGUAACUGGUGUUCCCCCUGGUCUUUCCAUGCCUCCACCUGGAUUAUGCCUGCCAACUCCAGAACAAAUGCCAAUGGGAUCAGGUGGUGCAACACAAUACCUUCACCUUGGCUUUCCAUCAGUAAAUCACAUGCCACCAUGGACAGGUCAGGUUAUGAUGGGGAAUCAACUGAUGUAUCACACUGGCGACAUGUUGGCUUAUCCACCUUCCCCCUUAGUCAGCCGUCAAUCGUCACCAUCCCAGUCUCGAUCUCCUAGUCGCAGUAAUUCCCCAAUGGGUCGCAGAAAUAAUACAAUGCCGCGCACCUCUUCGCAAGUGACUCAGUCUACUUCGAAUACCUUAACAUCAACGAGUGCCUCUAACAGUCAAACAAGCAUCUGCAGCUCAAAUGCCAAUUCCCUUCCACCACUUCCCACAUUGGGUACGAACAGAAGUCAUCCUAGUCAACCUCCAUUGCUUCCAUCACGCUCUGUUCCCUUGUCUAUCAGCAGUUCUACUACUUUUUCACGCCAUAAUAGCAUCGAGAAUACUCCUUCUACCUUAAUUCCGGCAGCACCUCAAUCAAAACAACCUCCACCACCACGACUGCGAUCUUCAAUUUCUGGUGAUUCUUUACGAGAAACGUUAGGAAAAGAAAUGCCAAAUCUCAAAGGCAACUUGCAGAAUUUUUCUCUCGACGAGAUCCGAAGAAUGAGUGAUGAGGACUUGAGGGAAAUAGGAUUAACACAAAAUGCAGUAGGGCAAUUACGAAGUAUAGUUAAGAGUCAAACUACUAACGGCUUAAAUCAAAUUUCUACUGAUAAAAAAUUAGAUAGUACUAGCAGCACAACACAUACAGUUGUAGAUUCAGUUGAAAAUGAGGCUAUACCGGGAAUGGAGAUGUUGAAUGAUAAUGGAAAUCAAAGCAGUAAGUCAAUGCCAUUACAGGAACAGCAUCCAGCGAUGCAUCAUCAUCAUAAUCAUGCAGCUACACCUAAUUUACGGCGAUAUCCUACUAUGCCACCAUUAGAUCCUGCGCAAAUACAAAUGUAUCCUGCACCGCCACCGAUGUAUGCUGCACAAAAUGCACCAUGCUAUGCCUGUCUUACAUUACCUGUCGCCGGGGUACAAAAUCGAUAUUCAAGGUGUAAUGCUCAACACGUAUAUUGUUUAACACAAUUACAAGCCUUGAGGUUAGAUCCUGAAAAUAGCAGGCACUGUUCACAGAGUAGUAGUUCUGAUAGUACUGGUAGUAGAUCUCCGCCAGAGACUCCUCCGGCAGCACCGUGGGUGAGCGGCAGUGAGAGCAAUCCACCGCCAGUUACUGAUCAUCUUAGUUCUGCACCGGUACAUUCUACAAGUGCAGUAUCACAUCCAGCAUCCCAACAACCUAUACAAUCGGGCCCGGAAAGGCAACGUACUAGAAGAAAUCAGACACAUGUAAUGCGUCAUAAAAAUCAAAUGGUGAACGGCGGUGGGCCACCGAAUCUUUCACAAUGCGUUUCCUUUCCCACGCCACCUUCGCAGUCGCAGGUCACGUAUCUGCCGCAUGGUCAUUUUCCGGCUUUGAGACCGAGUAGUGGUAUUUAUUCUAACUUCUCACAUGGACCGUACGCAAGACCAGCUUAUCCGACCACGUACCAACCGAAUGGUGAAAUGAUGUAUCAAUAUCCUGGACAUCCAUCCUCAGGAGGAACACCACCACCUCCACCGAAUGCAGCCGCGACACCUGUUCAGGCGCCGUAUAUGCCACCUACUCCGAUUGUUACAUAUGCACCAGCUGCCGUCCCACCAACGAAAAUUUCGUGUUAUAAUUGUGGCAGUAGUAGUCAUCUUGCAGUUGACUGUAAAGAUCAAACCAUGGAAGAUCUUACCAAAAAAGCUCAAUACCGCUUAGAUUACAGUAUAAUGAAACAACCUGGAGAGUGCCCAAAUUCUGACAAGUGAUCCCCUGCCGUGGACCAUCCAGCAAUUUAUCAUUAUCAUCAUUACCGUAAUUACUGUCACCAUCAUUGUCACUACUACUGUUACUACGAUGCCGCCACAGCAAUACAACCUAAAUACCGUUCAAAAGAUGACUGCUAUCGCUCCUCAUGCAAGUUUUCGGUGAUUUUUGUAGACAUCCCUUAUAUUCAGGAUGACGAUUUUUUAACCGAAGAAGUUUCGCGAUUUGCGGUACCAGGUAUACUUUUUACAAGUUCUUAUUUAUGAUAGUAAUUCUUAAUUAUGUAAAAAGAUGUCGCGUCAUGUACAAAGAGAAAACUGGGAGAAGCAUAACGCAGAAUGCUCUUAUCUAUGUUUUUAGAAUACAUUUUGAAAGGUUUGUGUUAGGUACUGACUCGUGUCUUACCAAUGAUACGUAUGGACUACAUAUAAACACAUAUACAUACAUACUCACACACACAUUCACAGCACGCCUCAACCCAAUUUCUCACUAUUUCUCUAGUAACUAGCCAUAAACGAAAUACAAGAAAAAAGAACGCAUUGUGCUCUGAUUAGAUGAAACUACCAUGUUUGACUAUAUUUAUCAUUGAUACUUUUACUUCUACUAGUACAUCUACUAUCACUAUUACUACUAUUACUAUUAAACUAUUACUAUUACUUCUAUUAUCGCUACUGAGCCACAUUUUUAUGUAUACAUAUUUUCUCAAUUCUUACGUGCGCAAUGUUUGAACGAGUGCAAAAGUGAAUGAUGACAACAUAGUAAAAAAAGAUAAGUUGAAAAGAGUAAAGGAUGAAUGCACAUAAGAAAGAGAGAGAAAAGAAAACAGGAAAGAAGAAAAAAGGAAGAAUGAAAGAACAACAAACCAUAAGUGUUCGAUCGUCUAGCUGCCUUUGCGCUCCUGUGUGUAUAAAACUAUAAAUAUACGCCGCUCAUCACUCAUUUAUUAACUUAUGAAUAGUUAGUUAAAUAACAAUAAUUCUCAUCCUAUUUAUAUAAAUAGUCAUGCAAUCACGUGCAACUUAAGCAAUUUUAUACGAGUUUUAUUGAUCGCCCAUCUUUUUUAAGUGUAAGCAAUGCGUUAUAUGCGUUUAAAAUCUCGUUAGUAAGUAAUAAACGAAAGAAAGAAUAACGACUUGAAUAUGUACUAGUGUUAGGUAUGAGUGGAGUGGCAAUCUGCGUUGAACUCAUCUUGUCAACAAGUUGCUACUGCAUUUAAACCAAUUCUUAAUUAAACAAACACUGUUAGUGAGUGUCAAUCUAAUUCUAUUAAAGUGUAUAAUUUGGUAAAUCUUUGUCUAGUUCCCAUACUUACGAUGACUUAUAAUUUUUAAUCGUAAGACUCUCAUACUAUGCAUCUGAUCUAUAUGAAAUAGAUCCUAGAUAUUUAAAAUAGUAAGGACUGAAAAGAUAUAAAAACGAGUGAGAGUGAGUUUGAUAUGUGUGACUUUAAAUACACAUGCAUUUAAAAACUUCCUUUCAGUAGCUUCUGGAUAUAAAGAAUUCUCAGGUGUCUUUUUCUUUUUUUUUGGUUGGUAAUGAAUUAUUUGGCAGCUAGUCAAUAGCCACAAACAUUUUGGGAUUAAUAUUUUAGAGCUGUUAUUUUGCAAUGAUAAAAAUUUGAAAAGAAGAGACAGUUCAGAGUUGAUGAUUUUCAUGUUACCUUUGAAUCUGAUUUAACAAUUUUAUUAAGAUGAUGAUAACUUGCUCUAAUGGUAUUGUUUUCACAUAUUAUUGUAUAUAAAAUGAAAGUCGUUUUUUAUUUCUAAACAAUACUUUAUUCAAAUUCCAAAGAAAGCCAAAAAUUAGUUGGGAAAAGUCGAAAAAAAUAUUAUUCAUACUAUAUAUAUUAUAAUCUUCAAACUUUUGUCAAUUUUUUAUAAGAAAUUCGACUGUGUCGUAAUUGCUAGAGUCUGAUUCGGUGUUUAGGUAACAUUUAUUAAAAGUGCCAUUUUUGUUGAAACACCCAGUGUCUUCAUACCGGUCUAUUAAAAAAAAAAAAGAAAAAAAAAAAAAUAAAGGUUGAGGUUUAUCUUGCCGUUAGCAUUAGUCAAUGAUGAUUUUUAAAAAUUACCUGAGAAAAGUUUCGAAGUGGCUGUGACUGAUGAAGAGUGUGUAAAAUUCAUAUUAAAGCUCUAUGAAUAUUUUUUUUUAAUUCCAUAAUACAGAAUAAUCGAAUCCUGGUAUUCGCGAGUAUUUUGUUUUUGAAUUAAUAUCAGUUGUAAUUGGUAGAUAUUGCCUAAGCCAGAUUUAUGAAACACACACAAACACAUUUUUGUAUUUUACAUUUUAAAUUCAGAUAUGUUGCUUGACAAGAGCAAAAGAAAAAUAGCGCAAAGAUUUCGUGUGUUUGUAUGUGAUUCGUCUACGAAACAAAGGGGUCUAUGUUUACAACAUAUAUUUAACAAAAAUAUUGUAAAUCUCUCGAUUGAAUUUUUCUGAUAAGGUCAUCAUUUGAGUCAUAAAUUUGAAAUUUUCGUUCGCGGACAAAUUUCGUUUUCGAAAUUAAAUAUAUUAUUAAACUAUUUUUAAAUAUAGGUCCAAAUGAAUGUGUUUGCAUCUCGCUAAAUAAUAACAAUUCAUUGUUGACCAAGUGGUAUUAUAGUCACGAUUAGUCGUGCUAGAAGCAGAAGCAAUAGUAUUAUAAUUAUUAAAAUAUAACACUUUAUUGCUGUUUACUAACUGUUGACAUUGAUAAUCAAGGGAAUAUGUUUUAGUAUAUCUCAGAUGUAUGUGUCAUUGGCAAUAAGAUGAAUGCGAUAUUUUUUCUCUUAACUGUUAAGCAAUACUUCUUAGCAUAACAACAGUACAUGUUUUUAAAAGUGAAUAUUGUAUAGUAUUAGUGUUGUAAGCAGCAAUAAGGGAGUUCUGUAAUUUUGUUGCUAAUCUGCAAUUAUAUAUAAAAGAGAAGGAUCGUUUUAGCAAUAAUGUCAUGUUUAAUGACAUAAUAUAUUACGUAGUUAUUUAACAAAAAAUUCUAUUAUAAAGAAUGUAACUAAGGAAUUGUCGUUUUCAUUGCAUCGACUACAUUCAUUUUAAUGUAUUUCAUCAGUUUGAUAUGUUCGGUUGAAGUGAUUGAAAAUUUUAUGGAAAAUAUGUAUUUCCUAAUUUUUGUUCUUAUUUGAAUUUUCUUAAGAAUAUUGUUGUUGAUAAUAAUUAAUCAUCAUCGUGGUGAGAAAUUAGUUUCAUUAGCUAUAUCAUUGUAGGAGGCUGUUUGCUUUGAAUCAAGACUCCUUUGUUUAACAAGUACCGUUAAGUACGCAUUUAAAUUAAUGAAACAUGUACAUAGGUGGCAGAAAGAAACCACUAAAAAAUUGUGCUUGAUACAAUAAGUGCGUUAUGUUGUUCAAGUUUGAAAAAAAGUUCAAAUGCUCUUGAUCAAAUCAGUAUUAUAUGGAAAAGAAUCAAAAAGUCAAAGAAUCAUAUCACUUGAACAGAAGCCGUAGAGCAAGAGCGUGAGAGAUUAGUAGUAGUAAUUACAAUAAAAUGAUAAUAUUAGUA